AGUAAAACACGCAGACAGACUUCGAGCCUGACCUCCCGACAGUCUGUUGAAGAUGGCCGCCUGAGAGGAGCGUCUUCACGGCUCCAGUACGGCUAAUCCGCUGCUAGCUGCCCAAACUACUUCAACUGACUGGCUCCACCAUGAGAAGACCGCACCGGCCACGUUUGCUCCCGUUUUGAAGUUGGAACCGGGCGCAUUUAUCGAGCACGGAGUUAUGGAAUAGGACAACAGCGCAGGUGAGGUACCCAGCAGCCACCAGGUCAACCCACGGGAAGCUAGCUGGCGAGCUAGCCCUGCUUUAGCCACACAAGCCGGAACCUCAGGGGAUUUAAGGCCCUUUGUUAUAUCCCAGCAUGGACAGCUUCUUCAAAGCAGCUGUAUGUGAUCUGGAUAAACUGCUCGAUGACUUUGAGCUCAAUACUGAUGAACUUGAAUGCAAAUCGGUUUUCCUGAAGCCCCCCGCCUACCCCUUCUCCUCACUGGGCUCUCAGUGUUUGUCAGAGGCAUCCACCAUCCCACAGAGCCUACCGGACCUGAGUUCUCUUCAUUAUGGUUCUGCCACCAGCUGCCCUGAGCACUCCAGCAGUAACAGCCGCCGCAGCAUCAGUGAUCGAGAGGCCAACGGUCGGCCUCUCACUGGGGUGGACCUUCUCUCGUCUGUGGAUCACAGGCCGACUACAAGCUCUGCCCCUCCAUGCCCGGAUCGAGCUCUGAAGCCAGUGUGUGACCUUGUAAAUGAUACAAGCUCAGCUAUUUUGGUCCGGGCCAACAGUCAUGAUGCUUUUGUUGAGCUGGACAUGGUGGAAAAGAAAUUGGAGGAGGAGGAGGGACCUUUGCUUGUGGAUUUUGACAGUCCUGUGAUUAUGGAGGAUGAAGAAAAGCUUGGUCAAAGUGACAAGAAGGAGCAAGCAUCUGCAGUGAAUGAUGAACUACUGGUUCUUGACUCCCAUGAGCACAAUGGAUACUCUGCCUCACUCCGCCUGCUAGAUGUCAUCCUUCCUGCAGCUGUGGACAAAGAACCUGACUCUACAGAUGAUUCAUCAUUACUAAGGACCACUGAGACUUCUGACGAAGGGUACAGUGAGGAUGUAGAGUGCACAAACAAUGUACUGGAUAACGCUUUUGAAGACUGCGAGGCAGAGGCCCCCGUCCCUGCAGGAACAGCAACAACCUCAGUGAAUGGACAGUCGGAUAAAAGUCUGUCUGAGUCCCUUGCUGGUUCAGAAACCGCAGCCUCAGACAGUGAACCAGGGGGCUUGUCUUGCCUGCCCAUCGCUGUGUCCAUGUGUGGAGCUCUGGUUAAGUCCAGUUCCACAGUAGAGGAGUUGGGACCAGUUGCAGUUCAGUGCGAUGAUGCAGACAUCUCUGAGGACACGGAGGCAGACUCCCAGGCAGCCAUGGAGCACAAGGAAGAGGAACCUGUUGACUCAUCCUUGUCCCAGCAGAUUGAAGAGGCCAAGCAGUCACCAGAAGGGCCGCAUGCCUCUCUUGAACCUGCUGCUGCCGCUGUCCUUCCUGCAGCCCAUUCCUUAGAUCACUCCCAUCACAAUCCAGAUGAUCUACCAGAGUUUGGGUUUGAGUAUCUGCCUGAGAGUGACCAGGCUGAGCUGCUGGUUACAGACGAGGAGCUGGAUGCCUUCCUGCUGGCUCACACUGAAGCAGAACAGGGUAGAGCCAUCUCUUAUUGCAGCGGUGCUAGAGAUUGUUCUCAACCUGAGAGUUUCUCUGGGUCAGAUUUGGAGGGCCUGCUUGUGAAAGAGGAACUGAGAAGCUGUGGUGGAGUUACACUGGAGGAGCUGGAGGGCCUGGCUUCUCCAGAAAGUGACAGACGUGUAUUUCCGUUUGUCGAGGGAGGUUUUAACCUCUUUGCUUCACCAUCAACCGACAACUCACAUAGACUUCUCGCCGAAGAGCCAGAACCCGCAUCUGGUGUAAGCCUUUCACUCACCAGCAACACCUUCCUGUCCCAGCACAGCAGUAGCCCUGAUCAGCAGCCCUCCUAUGGAGGUGCACGACCUAAACAGCUUUACUGCCACAGAUCUCCGCCAGCAGGGGGAGACGCCGAGCAGCAGGUUCCGAAAGAUGCUGGAGGGACAAGUGUAGCGGUUGUAGAGGAUGCAGACAGUUCCCCUAGUCUCACAGAGGAACACGCCAUCACUGGGGAUUUGAGCCCCGUAUACACCCCUCAGGAUUACCAGGAUUGCAGAGUGGGAUAUGAUGAACUCUCAGAGCCCCCACCUUACCCCGGAGAGUCGCCCUCAGAUGGCGCCAGGUCAGUGACCUGGAAACGACAGGGGGCACAUGAGCUGGGAAGCAAGCAGCCCGACUGGGUGCCCGAUUCUAAAGCUCCCAACUGUAUGAACUGCGAACAGAGGUUCACUUUCACUAAGAGGCGGCAUCACUGUCGAGCCUGUGGGAAGGUUUACUGUGCUGUGUGCUGCAACAGAAGGUGUAAACUGAGGUACCUGGAGAAAGAGGCUCGCGUGUGUGUCGUCUGCUUUGAUAGCAUACGCAGAGCACAGGCCCUGGAGCGGAUGAUGAGUCCUACGGGUCCAAGUCCAAACCCCAAUGUUCCCUCUGAGUACUGCAGCACCAUCCCUCCUAUGCAGCAGGCUCGUGCUGCUGGCACUCUGAACUCCCCUCCACCCACCGUCAUGGUGCCCGUGUCCGUUCUCAAACAACCAAGCAACGACAGUUGCCCCCGUGAACAGAAACGUGUGUGGUUUGCUGAUGGCAUCUUGCCCAAUGGUGAGGUGGCCGACACAACCAGGCUGUCGGUGACGAGUCGCAGGAGCUCCCAGGACCUCAGCGGUGUCACAGCAGACCCAAUUCCACCUGGCUCUGCAGAGACGGAGGCUGGAGUCAGCGGUUCGUUGGCCCCUGAAGACGCUGUCGCUGUAGAGGUGGUUCCGCCUCCGGUGUCGGGGCCCUGGGAUUAUGCCCUGCUCGCUAGAAUCGGCUCCUCUGUGAGCCGGGUCCCCAGUCUGAUGCCAGAUAAUGAGGAUGAGCUCCCUCCUCUUCUCAUCACCACUGGAGAGGAUGAUAAUGAUGGAGGUGUUUUAGUUGAGGAGAGUCCUGCCCCCUGCCAGAUUCGGCACCUCUUGGAGGAGGGAGGCCCUCGACCCCUGACGUUUGUUCUGCAUGCCAACCUGCUAAUCAACGUGAAGCUGGUCACAUACUCUGGUCGGCAGUGUUGGUGUUUUGGCUCGAAUGGACUCCAGGCCCUGGGGCAGAAAGAGGUGGUGUUUUUAUUGGAGUGUUUGCCCGAAGAAAAGACUCUUCCUUAUGAUCUUUUCACUCUAUAUCUCACCAUUUACCAAGAUGCCAAAAAAGGAAAAUUUCUGGAGGAGCUGGAUAAUGUGACCUUUACAAACAGUUUCCUGGGCAGCAAGGACCACGCUGGGAUGCUGUUCUUCUCCCUCACCUCUCAGCCUGUAGAUGGCCUCAGUCUCCCCCCUCAGCCUUUUCUGUUUGGCCUUCUUGUGCUGAAGCUGGAGGUGCCUUGGGCCAAAGUCUUCCCGCUGAGGCUGCUGCUGCGGCUUGGAUCUGAGUACAGUGUCUAUCCCACACCGUUGGCUAGUGUUCGUUUUCGGGAGUCUGUGUAUCGGGAGACAGGACACACAAUUAUGAAUUUACUGGCUGACCUGAGGAACUACCAGUACAGCCUGUCAGCUGUGGAGGGUCUGCGAAUACACAUGGAAAUGGGCCACAUUUACAUCGACAUUCCCAAAAGUAGCUUCAGUGAGAUGCAGAAGGUGGUGAACGCCUCAAAUGAGCACGUCAUCAGUAUCGGAGCCACUUUUAGCUCCGAGGCCGACUCUCACCUGCUGUGUCUCCAGAACGACGAGGGAAACUAUCAAACCGAAGUCAACACCAUGUCUGGGAAGACACGCACAGUGACUGGAGCCAGUUUUGUGGUGUUUAACGGGGCUCUCAAAGUCUCUUCAGGCUUCAUUGCCAAGUCCAGCAUUGUUGAAGAUGGGUUGAUGGUUCAAAUCCCACCAAAGACUAUGGAGUCUCUGCGCACCGCCCUGAGAGAGCAGGCAGACUUCCACAUAUCCUGCGGCAAGAACGAUGGCGGAGAAGUCAGAGAACACGUCAGUGUCCGCUGGGUUGAGUGGAGUCCAACCAUCAAUGCAGGCAAAGUUAGCAGCGUGGACGGGAAGCCUCUGGACGGAGUUCACAGUGCCAGGCUGCAGCAGGACGCAGAGUUUGAGUCUGAUGGACACAGCAUCCGAUGCUCUGAGGUUUUCUACAAUCUGAAGACUCCAGAUUGCAGCCUGGCUUCAGUCCUGUCGUCCUACAGGGGCUUUCAAAAGGAGAUCGCUUUGGCUGCCUGCAGCGCUCUGACUCCUCACCUCACGGUUCUCACCUCCAGUGGCAUCAACUCGCUCUCGCUUCGCGUCUCCACGCAGGCUGAUAUGGUGGAGUACCAGGCCGGUUCUGGAGGCAGGCUGCUCCCUCAGAGCUACAUGAACGAACUGGAUGGAGCCCUGAUUCCUGUUAUCCACGGAGGUAGUGCUAGUGUGCCACAGACUGCCAUGGACAUGGAGUUCAUCUUCUACAUCACACACACCAUCUAAUGCACGUGCAGGCAGUGACACCCUGAAAGCAUAGAAAAGCAGAAGGAAGGUGAGCACAGAACCAGAAGCAGUGAUGCCAACAGCUGCACCUGAAGCCACCUGGCACAACACUCCCGCUCUGAGUUGGGUGAUGUGUUUAGGACGGAUGCAAAGAGAUGUGGGUAUUUUACGAAGGAGCUGUUGUUUUGUGCUCACCAAAGCUGCUUUAAUACAAGAAGCCAAACACUAAAGAAAUACAACACGACCACCAAAUACCACCGAUCCGUUCUUCUGGGCUCUAACUUCCAGUGAAUGUUACCACAGACUCUCAAUUGAAAUGUUUCUCCUGGAUGUAUUUAUUAUAUUUUAGUAUGGGCUUAUUAAAUGAGUUGAUUGUAUUACAGAAGGGACAGGAUUGGCUGCAGAAUAUGAAUCUGAUCAGAUGCUGCGUUUCUAGCUGUCCAGUUUUACAACCUCAUCAUAGGAUGGAAAAAAAUCACCUGACUCCCACUCCUCAGGUGGAAAAACAAUGGGCCUCAUGCAAGAACUGUUUAAAAUGAAGACUUGUCUACACGUUCAAAAAUAUCCAAUUCACAAAUGACAAAACCUAUUUACUCCGGCAUUUGUUGAAUUACUUUUGAAGGCUGCCAAAACAGUAUCUGUUCAAUGCUGCAUGUUGUGGAUGGUGGUGAAUAUUUUGCAUUGAGACGUUUUAAUGAGCUCUUUAUAUAGUUUCAAAUAUGCCAGUAAUGGACCUUCAUGAUAAGCAUUCUCAUGUCUCUUUCUUCAAAUUGGAUCAUUUCUUGCUCUUAAAUUGAAAGCCAAAUGUUUGUUUCUUCCUUUUGUGUAUAAAUCAAACCAAUGACAGUGUUUUUCAUAGAAAGCAGUUGGAUUCAUAGCUUCUGUUAAAAUGUUCUUGUCCAGUAACCAUAAAUCUGAGGGUUUCUUGCAUGGGGCCGUGACACCUGAAACGUCGAUGAUCUAAAACUAAUGUUGUCAUUUCCUCUCCCUGGCCCUGAACGAAUGAAUGCUUCUGACCGUCUCAGUGUUUUACUUUUAACAGCUGAGCUCCUUUACCUGUUGUCCAGGGUUUUCAGAUCUAGCUCAAAGUCACUGUGAUAAGAGAGAAUCUGCUUGUUAGACUUUUAAAGGAAGGUCCCUCACUUGUAAUGGGGUCUACUUUACCAUUUACACUUCAUUUAAUGUGUCUAAACUUGUUUGCUUCCAUUUAUGUAGACGUGUAGAAGAUAUAUUGAACAACUUCAUUAACAUCAACAAUACGUUUUCCCCUUUUUGCAGCCUUUUUCCACCAGUUACCUGCAGUUGUUUGCACUGGUGAUUUUAAUCUUUGUUAUUAAGUCUCCUUAAAUGUGGAGCUCAUUCUUUAACCUGUUGCAGCUUACGAUCUUUAUUUACUGUUCAGUGAAAAGCAUCAUGUUUUCGAUUCUUUUAAUUUAUUCUAGGAGGAGUCCAAUAGGAGCAGCUCAGGGUGUAGAGUCGUGUACACUACUUCACCAGCUUUUCAUCAAACUUGCAGCAUUUAAGCAAUUUAAUAUUUUUCAGAUGAAAAAACACGUUAGCUUUGCGUCAGCGCCGAUAUCUGGGGUCAGGUGUCCAUUUUCUCAGUUUUUCACUUGACAACAUCUCCCGUCUGUCAGGAAUUCCCCAGUUGGCUUCUGUUGAAGAUUUUUUUAAUGCAAUAGUGAAGAGUUAUUUUUGAAUCACUGUUAAAAUUUGUAAAAAGACAAUAUUUUUGAUAGUCUAGGCUUCAUUUAUUUCACUGUUUGUGUAGCAAGUUCCUGAAAUCUAUUGAAAUGAAAAAACUAAUUAUUAAUUCCAAGAGAAACAACUCUCACAUAAAAACCUACAUUUUCAGUCUGCAGCCAUAAAAUAACUAGUACAUUUAAAGAGGUCAAAGGCUUGAACAGACAGAAGAAGAAGGUGGGAAUCUGCAGGAGGCCGGUUUGUGAUGUUCUGCUUUCUUAUUGGAGACAAUAACAACAGCUGUUGGACUGAUUGUGAAGAAGCUUCAUACAUGGAUCUUCUCAUUGUUAUCAUUUGUUGUUCCUUCAGCAGCUCAAAGCUUUAAUUUGACCAUAGACCGUAAACAUUAAAUCAGAAGUCUGUCAUGAACACAACCGAAGCCUCAGCCUUUGUGCGAAGCCCUUGGCGCUCGACUGGAAUAAACCCCCUCCUCUGCCCCCAAAGCUGAUGCUGAUUUAAGAACUGACCAGCUCCAAGGGAAAACUGCAUCAAGCGUAUCACGAACCUGUGUGGAAACUUUAUGAACAGCUGAAAUUAAUACCAUAUUUUUGUUUGAACUUUGGAGCUUUGAGAACAACACAGACGUUUAGAAAAUCUUCCUCUGGGACUGAAAUGUUCCUCCGCGUUCUCAUGUUCAGGGCAGCAGCGCCUGACACUGUCACAAUGAGACGAACUUCAAUGCUUUAUGAUUGUGGGUUUAUGUAAAUCAUCUAUUUAUUCAUAAGCACCAGCUUGAUUUUGGUGAACCUGGUAUCUGGGUCAGCUUGUGUAUUUAAACAAUAAAAUUUACUUUUAUGAAAAAUAGUAAUUCA